AUGGACACUUCAAAUGAAAUUGGGACAGAUGGGUCCCUUGGACAGCCCAAGACAAACUCAGGACUGAACCUAAACAUUAAAACACAGAAUUCGAAUUCAUUAAGAGCCCCAUAUCCAUCCAAGUCUCCUUCUCUUACCUGGCUUUUGGCAUUCACUACAUUUGACGAAGAAGAAGAGGGAGAAUUAGUUGAGAAUAAGGCGGGAAAAGUAGUCCCAGUUCGACGAAGAAGAAGCUGUAGAAAGAAAAGGGAGAUUUCUGAAGGUGAUUUCAAGGACCAAAAACGACGUCGUUUUUG